GAACACAAGAUGAUCUAAAACCUAGAAAAACCCUUAAUUGAAUUUGGGAAUUUCACUCUUUUUGGUCUUAAACGUCUGAACCUUGAAGCUUCUCACCGGCGUUUCUCUGCACGACGGACGGCGAUGACCUGCGGCCUUAAAAGCAAUUUGUUGGCAAAUGGCUACAAAUACAGUUGGUCAAGAUCAAAGGAAGCGCACUUUGGAGGCCUUAGAGCGAAGGUUUGCAGCUGCAAAAGCUGAACUUGUUCAACAGCAAAACAAGAAAAUUAAACCAAUUGGAUUAAAUAAUGAAGAUGCCAAAAAACCUAAUCCUACAAAUUCUUCCUCUGUUCCAUCAACUUCACGUUCAUCUGAUUCAUCAGUCAAAACCCCAUCACGAAAAGAUGUUGAAAACAAUGAUCCGACUUACGCGAAGCUCUCUCAACCUAUCCAUGAAAAUCUGCUGACAACCAAUGUCCAACUUUCUAAUAGAAAAGAAAGCAAAGUGGAUAAGAUUUUGCAUGAGCUUCUCCGAAAUGGUGAUUGGGCUAGAAAGUACAUGCAAGGGUCCAGAAGCAAGAAAAUUGACGAGUGGAUUCACUUGGAUAACUGCAUACAAGGACGUGGCGUAUCUACUGGUUCUCGUGUCAGGGCUUUGAAGAUUCAUUCUAAGCGCUCCAAAAGGCAUAUGUCCAUGAAACAACACAAGAAACAGGGGUCUUUUGAUUUGCCUCCAGAGCUUUGUAGAUUUGAUCAUUUUAGGCCGAUGCAUGAGAUGUGGAAAGACUACACUUUUCAACUUCUGAAAAAAACAGGGAAAGAUCAGUUGGCUCAAUGUCUCCUUGAUGCAGAUCUACAUGGUGCAAUUAUUUCAGUUGCUGAGUGUAAAAUAACUAGUUUAACUGGAGUGAGCGGCAUUAUGAUUCGAGAAACAGCCGAAACGCUAGGAAUUAUUACUCAAGACAAUAAAUUCAAAGUUGUUCCGAAAAAGGUUUCUGUCUUUAUAUUUCAAGUUGAUUGCUGGAAGAUUACACUACAGGGGGACAAACUCAUUUCAAGAAAUUUGGACUUGUGACUCUUAUCAUAUCUCAAAGAACCUUUUUCUUUCUGAUGCUGAGUAAUCAAGCUACAGCAGUUUCUGGCAGCCUCCGAAACACAGAGAGCUCUAAAAGUGAUGGAUGUGCGCAUAACAGAAAUUUCACAGUGCCCAUUGGAUUUCUCGCUUAUUUUUUCUAGAAGUCCUGUGGUGGUAGUGAUGUAAUUAAGCCUGUAAAUUUGCAUUUAGACUUUGAUUACUAUAUGUGUUGCUCCAGCCUAAAAGUUGUGGCUGCUUUGAUAUUUUUGUUAUAGCUUUGAUAAUUUAUAAUUAUUAUUUUAAAGUAGUUUUGAUAAUUAAUGAAUACAUAAUUAGUAAGAAAGUUUUAGGUUUUAUUGCAA